AUGUCACUAAUAUGGUCUGUUUCAAGUUCAUUAUCGUAUGUACAAGAAAAUAAUAUUCAUUCAAGUGUAACAACAAUAAAUACACCAUUAAGUACAUUAAUAACAGAAAUAAUCUCUGUACCAAGUGAUAUAUAUGAUCCUCGUAUUACACGACCAUUUGCUAUAAUUUGUUUAUUUAUUGGUAGUAUUGGUAAUUCUUUAUCAUUCAUUGUUUUUACACAAAAGCAAUUACGUACACAUUCAACAUUUCGUUAUUUAGCUUAUUUAUCAAUUGUUGAUUUAAUUGUACUUUAUUUAGGUUUAGGAAAUCUUAUAUUACGUGAUUAUUUUCUAUUUGAUAUAAGAGAACAAAAUUUACUACUUUGUAAAUUUCAUACAUUUUUAACAUAUGUUACAACACAUUUAUCAUCAUGGAUAUUAACUAUUGUUUCAAUUGAUCGUGCUAUUGCAUGUACAGUUAUACAAUUAAAUAAACGUUUUUGUCGUCCAAAAUCAGCCGAUCGAAUAUUUUUAGCAAUGUGUAUAAUUAUUUCAUUAAUAAAUAGUCAUAUUCUAUUAUUUAUGGGUUCGAAACAAACAAUAAUUCAUUCGACUAUAAAUAAUAUUUCAUCAUAUCAACAAAAAAUUGAUUGUACACAUAAUACAUCAAAAAUUUAUUUUGAAUUUUUUGAAAAACCUUACAGUAUUAUUGAUCUUUUUUCUUAUGUACUUAUUCCAUUUCUUAUUAUGACUAUAUGUGCUGGAAUAAUUGCGUAUCGUUUAUUUUUUUCCUUAAGUAAAACAACAAUGAAUAAAACAACAAAAAAUAAAACACGUAAAGGUACACAUCGUGCAAAACAAAUAUCCUAUAUGUUAUUAAUAUUAAAUCUUGUUUUUAUUGUAUUACUUGCCCCGAUUGUUAUUGGACAAGUAUUUCAAGAACUUAAUCAAGAACAUCGUUAUCGAUUAUAUAAUUCUAUAACAUUAUUAUUAUCAUAUUCAAAUCAUGCAUUAAAUUUUGUUCUUUAUGGUAUUGCAUCACCACAAUUUCGUGUAACUUUAAGACAAUUAUUAGGAUUAGGAAAUAAUGAAAUAACACAAAGACGUUUACAUACAUUUGGUUUAUAUACUUCAACCGGUUUGUGA